AUGAACACAACCUUCAACUCGGCGCUCAAGCAGAGCACGGCCAUACGGAAAGACCUGGCCAACCUCUCCACUGCCCCCGUCGCCGUUCCCGAAUCCUCUUCGCCCGCCCCGAAUGCUCUCACUCCUGCUGCUCUCGGGGCCCUGUCCGCCAGCCUGACAGGCUUUGCCCGCACUCUGGACGAGUACAACACCCUCGCGAAGCAGGAGCUCAAUCCUGCCAAGCAAGAAAAGGCUUUUGAGCGUAUCAAGAACUUCCGCGCCGAGCUGGCCGACUACAGGACCCAGUUCGAUGCGCUCAAGUCCGCCCGUGACGAUGUGGUGCACAGCCAGAAUCGCAAUGAGCUGCUGGGGAGGCGGCCAUUUGUGACCGCGACCCCCGAAAACCCGUACGCCAAUGCGACCUCGUCGAGUUCGACCAGCUACGGUGGAUAUGGGCAUGCCAGGAAUACGAGUGGCGGCGGCGGUGUCGGGAUGGGCAGCAACGACAUGACAAGGGAGUCGCAUGCGCUACGAGAACAGAACUUCUUUGCCAGCACCAACAAUGCGCUGGAUGAGUACAUUGCACGCGGCCAGGCGGUGCUGGGCGACCUGGGAUCGCAGAGGGAGAUGCUGAAGAAUACGCAGAAGAGGCUCUACUCGGUUGCGAACACCCUGGGCGUCUCGGGCGACACGAUCCGGAUGAUCGAGAGGAGGACGAGAGAGGACAAAUGGAUAUUCUGGGCAGGCGUCAUCUUCUUCUUCGGUUUCUGCUGGUUAUGCCUGCAUUUCCUCCGAUGA